AUGGCCGACAAGUUGGGAAAACAAAAAGAUGAAGACGCCCUGAGCGUAGCGAAGAUGCUGUCCGAGUCUACUGGCCAUCUCCUCAUAAGUCUCAACAAAUCACUUCUGGAUCGCUUGAACGGCCGGCAAUACGAUAGUACAGCUUACCAGGAUGUCCUGGAUCCCGAUAUCCACAUUGAAUUGCAUGGCAGGAUGCUAAAGGGGCCGCAAGGCUUUGUAGACGGAUACAAGGAUGUCGCAGAUUUGAGCCCUGGACUCCAUGUCUCCAUUACGAACAGUUCGGCGAUUGUGGAUGAGCGGCUGGAUAAGGCCACGGUUCUGCUGCACUUAAACCUCACUGGGUUUCUAGAGGAGACUCGGCGGGCAGGGACAAUCUUGUCCUGUUGGAGAAGGCACGAAGAUGGGAGGUGGACUUCGUACGCCUACCACAUGUUCUACGGCAUACAAGAGUUUCAUUGA